UCCUGCAACAACUGAAAAAUGUCCAAACAGUGAGAACCACGAUGAAGGAAGCAUCUGUCCACUCUCUCCUCUGUCUGACUUUUAUAAUGAUCUACACAGCAAACAAAGAUACUGGUCUGUACUGGUGUGAGUCCAUGUCUGGAUCCUCCAGCAGCAGCAGCAGCAUCCAGCUCUCUGUCUCUGGUGGAUCAGUGAUCCUGCAGAGUCCUGUCCUCCCUGUGAUGGAGGGAGAUGACGUCACUCUGAGCUGCAGAGCAAAGAAUCCAACCCACAACCUCCCAGCUGCUUUCUAUAAAGAUGGCUCCUUCAUUGGUGAUGGACCAUCAGGUCACAUGACCCUCCUCCAUGUUUCCAGCUCUGAUGAAGGCCUCUAUAAAUGUAACAUCAGCCGUCAUGGAGAGUCUCCAUCCAGCAGGAUCUCUGUCAAAGGUCAGAGGAAACCUGAAGAUGAAGCAAAAGAUGAAAAGGAAAUCACCUACAGUGAACUGAAAACCUUCAGAAAUCAGCAGCAGCCAAUCAGAAGCAGCCGAGAUCCAGCUCUGGUUUACUCUGCAGUGAGAACUGGAGACAUUGAAUAUGGACAGAUAAACAUCAGAGAAACUGGAAACCAUCAGAGGAGCAGAGAGAUGGAUCCGGGUCCAGUUUACUCUGCAGUGAGGACAGCAGGCAUCAGACCCAACAGAACCAGAGAACCAGAACCAGAACCAGAACCAGACGUGGUUUACUCUGCAGUCAGACCGGCUGAUGGUCCAUAACGGAUCAUCAACAUCACGUCUGUUUGCUCUGUCAAGUAUUUCUAUAAGAGAGGAAUAUUAAUGUAUUAUUAUUAUUAAACAUAUUGUAACUUUAUAGUAAUUUAGUAAAACAGCUAAGAGACAAAAACAUUUAAAUUUGAUUUGACAUGUUUUAUUUUCUUAUGGUUCAUAAAUAUAAUUACUAAUAAAACUGAAAGAUUGAGUUUCUGUUUCCAUCAUCAGUGUCAUUAUUAUUGAUAUUUAUCUAUAAAAUCUGCCUCAUUAUUUGGUUUAAUCUAAAUAAA